CAGGGAGCGAUGACGCGCGAUGGUGGUGCCACGAGCCGUCGCGCACCAGCCGCCAGCUGAAAUACCGACAUCGAUCUGGAUGAACCCGAGUCCCUUGUGGAGAAGGGCGCGGUCCUAGUCGGAGAGCAAUGAGAAGCCGCACCAGGCUGUCGGUCGUUCCUACUGAAAUCCGCGCAGCAGUCAGUCUCCGUCUUGUCCUGUCGGGGGAGCCAGACGCACCCGGGACUUUAAUUUCACACCACAGCGUCCGCGUUUCCCUCUGCUUCUUCUUUUUUUUUUAAUUAUUAUUAUUAAAUGACUGUCUGUGUGUGUGUGAGAGAGAGAGAGAGAGAGAUCAGUUGAAUAUCCGUGAACAGAUGUUCUCCUGAAGCUCCAGAUGUCAACAUCUGACAGAGCAGCGAUGAGCUCCGGAUCCGGGAACGCGUCCCUGCGUUGCUCAAUGUCUUCAUCGGCUGAUUUCUCGGAUGAAGACGACUACAGUGUGAGGUCGGGCUGUUUGUCGCCGGCACCCGGAGACACGCUUCCGUGGAAUUUACCCCGGCACGAGCGCUCCAAGCGCAAAAUCCACGGCAGCGGCGGCGGCGGCGGCUCGGUACUGGAUCCGGCUGAGCGAGCCGUGCUCAGGAUCGCAGAUGAAAGAGACAGAGUGCAGAAAAAGACAUUUACGAAAUGGAUCAACCAGCAUCUCCUCAAGAUACGAAAGCACGUUAACGACCUAUAUGAGGAUUUGCGAGAUGGACAUAACCUGAUCUCACUGUUAGAGGUCCUGUCUGGUGACAAAUUGCCACGGGAGAAAGGCCGCAUGCGCUUCCACAGACUGCAGAACGUACAGAUAGCACUGGACUACUUAAAAAGGCGGCAGGUGAAACUAGUGAACAUCAGAAAUGAUGACAUCACAGACGGCAACCCAAAGCUGACCCUGGGGUUAAUAUGGACCAUAAUUCUGCACUUUCAGAUUUCGGAUAUCCACGUUACCGGAGAGUCCGAGGACAUGACCGCAAAGGAGAGGCUUCUGCUCUGGUCCCAGCAGAUGACCGAGGGCUACGUCGGGGUGCGCUGUGACAACUUCACUACUUCUUGGAAAGAUGGAAGGCUGUUCAAUGCUAUCAUUCACAAGUACAGGCCUGACCUGGUGGAUAUGAGCACAGUAUCAACACAGAGUAGCAGAUCAAACUUGGAGCACGCAUUCACUGUGGCUGAGCAGCUGGGUGUGGCUCGGCUCCUGGAUCCGGAGGAUGUGGAUGUCACAUCUCCAGAUGAGAAGUCCGUCAUUACCUACGUAUCAACGCUAUAUGAUGUCUUCCCUAAAGUACCGGAGGGUGUCGAGGGCAUCAGUGCAAAUGAUGUCGAUGUUAAAUGGGUGGACUACCAGAAUAUGGUCAAUUACCUCAGCCAGUGGAUCAAACAUAAUGUGUCGGUCAUGUCAGAUAGAAACUUUCCUGUUAACCCUGUGGAACUUAAGGCACUUUAUUUGCAAUACCUGCACUUCAAGGAGAGUGAAAUCCCACUGAAGGAGAAUGAAAAGACCAAAAUCAAGCAUCUUUAUAAAAUGUUAGAGGUGUGGAUCGAGUUUGGUCGCAUUCAUUUGCCGGAGGGUUAUCACCCUAACGAUGUGGAGAAGGAAUGGGGCAAGCUGAUCGUGGCCAUGCUCGAGAGAGAGAAGAGCCUAAGACCUGAGGUCGACAGACUUGAAAUGCUGCAGCAAAUCGCAGACAGAGUUAAGCGAGACUGUGUGGCUGGAGAAGACAAAUUAGUCUUAGCACAGGCAUCUCUGCAAUCUGACAUAAAAAGGUUAGAAUCUGGGAUCCAGUUGCAGAAUGAGCCUGAAAUUGCAGGAUACCUACUGGACUGUGAGAAUCUGUUGAGGCAGCAAGUGGUUGACAUCCAGAUUUUACUGGAUGGGAAGUUCUACUUGGUAGAUCAGCUUGUUCAAAGGGUAUCUAAGCUUCGCGAUGACUUGCUGACCCUCAGAACAGAAUGCUCCUCGGUGUACAGCAAGGGACGCAGUCUGAGCACAGAACAGACCAUGAUGAUGAUCUCUGGCAUCACACAGAGUUUGAACUCGGGCUUCUCUCAGAACCUGAAUGUAGGUCUAAGUCCUGCCCUCAUGCCAGGCUCUGCCCUCUCCUCCAGCGUUACCCCUGCCAUGACGCCAGCUCUGACCCCAGCCAUGACUCCAGGAUUGUCCCCGGCAUUGACCCCAGCCAUGACCCCAGGAUUGACACCUGGCUUGCAGCCUUCCCUAAGGGUUGGAGGGUCCAUAGAGCCAGGGAUCCUCCAGCACAUGAAACACAUGCAAAUCCGCAAGCCAAUGGUGAAAGCUUCGUUAGUUGACCCCAGUUUGUCUGAAGAAGAGGUCAAUAUGAAGUUUGUCCAGGACUUGCUUAACUGGGUAGAAGAGAUGCAGGUGCAACUCGAUCAAGGCGAAUGGGGAUCGGAUCUACCAAGUGUUGAGUCUCAUUUAGAAAAUCACAGAAAUGUUCACAAAGCCAUCGAAGACUUCCAGAUGAGCAUUAAUGAAGCAAAAAUGAGCGAGAUUCAGAUGACCCACCCACUGAAACGGAGUUACUCAGACAAGCUGGGCCUUUUAGAAAGCCAGUACGGGAGGCUACUUCACUCUUCUAAAGAGAGACAGAAGCACCUGGACAGCCUACAUAACUUUGUGUCACAUGCCACCCGAGAGUUAAUUUGGCUUAAUGAGAAAGAGGAAGAGGAAGUAGCCUUUGACUGGAGUGAGCGCAAUAGUAAUAUCUCCAGGAAGAAGGACUACCAUGCUGAACUGAUGAGAGAGCUGGAUGAGAAGGAGGGGGUGAUCAAGUCAGUACAGGACCAAGCGGACAUCCUUUUACAACAGAACCAUCCAGCUAGGCUUACUAUUGAGGCAUAUAAGGCUGCCAUGCAAACGCAAUGGAGCUGGAUCCUGCAGCUCUGCUACUGUGUGGAGCAGCACCUGAAAGAGAACAUUACUUACUUUGAGUUUUUCAAUGAUGCCAAAGAGUCUAUGGACUACCUUAAAAACCUUCAGGAUUCAAUUACAAGGAAGUAUGGGUGUGACCGUACUAGCAGUCUGCAUAGACUGGAGGAUCUCAUUCAGGAGUCUAUGGAUGAAAAAGAGCAGCUUCUUCAGUACCGCAGCACUGUAGCUGGCUUGGUAGGACGGGCCAAGUCUAUUGUUCAGCUCAAGCCCCGCAACCCAGAGAACCCUAUCCGAACUUCCCUACCUGUCAAGGCCAUCUGUGAAUACCGUCAGAUCGAGAUUACUAUCUACAAAGACGACGAGUGCGUGCUGGCCAAUAACUCUCACCGCGCUAAAUGGAAGGUGAUCAGCCCUUCAGGGAACGAGGCCAUGGUGCCUUCCGUCUGUUUUACUGUGCCUCCACCCAAUAAGGAGGCAGCCGAGACGGCCAGCAGGAUCGAGCAGCUGUAUCAGAAAGUUCUCGCACUGUGGCACCGCUCUCAUGUGAACAUGAAGAGCGUGGUGUCCUGGCAUUACCUGAUGAUGGAUAUCCGCAACAUCCGCAAAAGCACUGUUGCCUCUAUUAAGACCAUGUUGCCCGGCGAGCACCAACAGGUCCUGAGCAGCUUGCAGGCCCACUUUGAGGAGUUCCUGGAGGACAGCGAGGAAUCCGAGGUCUUCACAGUGGCAGACCGCACUCAGCUAGAGAGAGAGGUGCUGGCGUCACAAGAGUACUAUGAGGAAUUGCUCAAGUCUGCAGAGAGAGAGGAGCAUGAGGAAUCAGUGUACAACCACUUCAUAUCUGAGGUGCGUAACUUCCGCAUGUGCGUGGAAGCCCACGAGGAGCAACUGAUUCGGCAGAUCCGCUCCCCUCUAGAGCGAGACGACCUGAAGGCCAUUAUGCAGCGCAUCGUUGACCAGGAGAGGAAAAAGGCAGAGUUGGAUCGUGUGAACGAGGAUCUUGAGGCACUAAAGGAGAAGUGUGAGGUGUUCCUCAGGCAGGCUGCUAACUCUGCUUCAGUGCCCACACUGUCCUCUGAGCUCAACGUGCUCACUCAGAGCAUGGCUCAGGUCUAUUCCAUGUGCUCCAUUUACCUGGAAAAGUUGAAGACAGUGAGUUUGGUGGUGAAAAACAGCCAGGGUGCCGAGGCUUUGGUCAAGCUGUACGAGGGCAAACUAUGUGAGGAAGAUGCAGUCAACGGUGACCUCAGGUCUACUGAUGCAGUUAUGAGCACUCUCAAGCAAUGGAGGUCUGAGAUAGAUGACCGAAGAGAUGUAUUCCAUGACCUGGAGGAUGAAUUGCAGAAAGCUCGAGCCAUCAGUGACCGUAUGUUCAAAACCCAUAACGAGAGGGAUUUUGACCUUGACUGGCACAAGGAGAAAGCUGAGCAGCUUGGAGAGAGAUGGCGGAAUGUCCACUCUCAAAUUGAAAACAGACUUCGAGACCUGGAAAGCAUCAGCAAGUCUCUGAAAUACUAUAAGGAUGCAUACAGUAGCCUUGAUGAGUGGAGCAAAGAGAUGGAGGCCAAUCAGCUAAAAACCCAAGAGAACCAGCCAGAGGACAGCAAAGCUUUGGCUGAGUUACUAAACCAACAGAAGGUGCUUGUUGCGGAAAUUGAACGUAAGCAGAGUAAGAUUGAAGAAUGUCAGAAGUACUCAGAGCAGUACUCGGCUGGAGUGAAAGAUUAUGAGCUUCAGUUGAUGACAUACAGGGCCAUGGUGGACUCUCAGCACAAGUCCCCGGUGAAGAGGAGAAGGAUGCAGAGCUCAUCAGAUACCAUCCAGCAGGAGUUUAUGGACCUCCGCACUCGCUACACAGCACUGGUCACCCUUAUGACGCAGUACGUGAAGUUUGCAAGCGAAACUCUGAAAAGGGCCGAAGAAGACGAGAAAUCUGUUGAAGAGGAGAGAAAAGAGCACGGCGAUAAAGUUAGCAAGUUAUUAAACUGGAUGUCUGAUGUGAAAUCGAGCGUGAACAAAAACGGAAAGGCUGUGAGCGAUGACAAAGGCAGCACAGAGAGCUCUAAUAAGCCUCAGAUUCCUAUGGAAGAAGUUUUGUCCAAGAAGGAACAAAUAACAGAAGCAUUAAAAAAUACACAGCAGAUACUUUCCAAGCACAGUGACAAGAUGUCCGAGGAGGAAAAGUGUGAAGCGAAAGAACAGCUAAAACAACUCCACCAAGCUUACAGUGAGCUCUCGCAGAUGAGUGUGAGGAGUCAGACACCCUGUGCUGAACAGGAGUUUGAAGUCAUCGAAGGCGUUCUCGAUGUGGGAAACGGAGCCGUGAUGUCUGUAUGUCGUGCGGUCCAGAAUGGUCUCAUUGACCACUGUACUGGGCUCAGUCUCCUUGAGGCCCAGCUCAUAACAUCUGCACUCAUCUUACCUGAAUUCCACAUGUGCCUCGACUUGGACGAUGCAUUCAAGCACAAUCUCGUGGACGAACCCAUGUAUAAGCAACUGCAAGACUUGAACGAAGCCAAUAAACGCAUUCAAAGUCCACGUUACGCUUCGGAACCCUUGCCGACGGUAGCUGCGGUGAAGGACGGGGUGAUUUCUGAACGGCUAGCCGUAAAGAUCAUUGAGAUCCAGCUAGCUACGGGUGGGUUAAGAGUCGCGUACACUGGAGGUAGUUUAAGUCUUGAGACGGCAUUUGAAUUCGGCCUGAUUCCCCAGUCUCUCUAUAUUCAGAUAUUACAAAGACAGAAUACCUGGAAAGAUUUGAUUGAUCCCAAUACGGCUGAAAAGGUUUCUCUUCUUCAGCUUGUGCAAAGGAGCACUGUGCAUGAGGACACAGGGCUUCGAUUACUGGCGGUCAAGUCUGGAAAAGAUAGAAGCAUCGCGCUUACAUCUGGGAAAGAGGUCAGCAUUCUGACAGCGAUGCAUGAAGGUCUGAUAGAUCGAGAGACCGUGCUCCGGCUGCUGAGUGCGCAGCUCUUCGCAGGAGGCAUAGUCGAUCCUAGAACAAACCGUAAGCUGACAGUAGAAGAGGCCGUAUCUGAAGGUCUUAUUGACCAGGAUACUGCCAGUGGAAUUUUGAGCCACCAAGCCCAAAAUGGUGGCAUUGUAAACCCUAAAAACGGGGCGAGACUGACAGUCGAUGAAGCUGUCCAGUGUGAUUUAAUGAGUUCCAGAAGUGCUCUGUUAGUUCUGGAGAGACAGAAAUGUUUCACGGGCCUCCUCUGGCCUCACUCUGGCGAAAUCCUCACUGUCUCGAUGUCCGUACAGCACGAACUCAUCACUGAGAAACUGGCACAUGAGCUUCUGCGUAACCGACACAAAAUAGCAGCGUUUUACAUUCCGGAGAACUCCGAGGUGGUCGAUAUCGACUCUGCUGCACAGAACGGUUUCAUCAACGCUUGCACAGUAGACUUUUUAAAAACAAUAGAGAUACCAGAUACGUUCCCCGACGUCGAUGAUCUCGGUGACAGAUUUUCAUCAUGGCUAGUCAUGCGUGAGCUUCAAAUCGAUGGCUCGGAAAGAUCCAGAGAAGGAUCGGAAGCUGACGAUAAGAGCAUAAACGCUCCAUCUUCCUCGGAAGCCAAACGCCUUUUUGUUUCAUUUUUAAUGAUGAACAGUUACAUGGACCCCAAAUCAGGACAGAGGCUUUUAAUUUUUGAUAGGCAGUUAAAUAAAAUGGCUAAAGUACUGCUAGAAAUGUCCGAAACUGAGACACUCGCUCAUAUCCACGAUUCGUCCCUAGACGAGGACUUUCCCAUCACACACACUGGCGAAUUGGUGGUUUUGCAUAUUGAUGAGCCUUUACCAAGAAUACCAGAAGACAAUAUUUCAGAGAUCUAUACAGAGGGUGAUCACUGGAUAAAAACGCCAACUGCUGAAUCGGACAAUCUUGGUGCUACAUCACUGCAAAGUGCUCCAUGUAAAGUUUCAGCAUCCGACAUGAAAAUGAACGAAAGUGUACCCGAGGACACGUCGACCGAUGCAUGCACAAAGUACCACACAAACGAGACGCUUAAUUCCUUAGUUCCGCCUUCUACAGAACCGCACAUUACACACCAGUUAAAUCCUGAAAUUGUGAAUCAAACAAAUUUGCUUUCAGAAAUAGAGAAGAAUGCACCUUUGAAUCGCAGGGAAAAUUCAUUUCAAGCAAAAGAUAAAGACCCCACACAGUGCUCUGUAGUGUGCACGGAAAAAGCUGAAAACAUUGAUUUGGGCACUGAAAGUUGCGAAGGGGUGUAUGAUAAGCUGGAAAGAGAACGUGUGUUACGCCUUCUCGGGGACCAAGUAAAUGAGGGCGGCGUUUUAGAUGCCAUUUCUGAAAAGCGAUACAACCUUGAUGAUGCUUUUGAUAAGGGCCUCGUUGAUGAAGAGACCGUGUUAGAGGUGCUUGCACUGCAGCUAGGAAGCCAUGAUGUCAUGGAAAACAAAACUGUGGCCAUGUCGGUAUUGAAACAAGCUGUGUCACAAAGCUACAUAUCAUCGCACUUGGCUUUGCAAAUCAUGCAACAACAAAAUUUACUUAGUGGUUUCUGUGAUUCGUCUGGAAAAAGCAUCAGCUCUAGGGAGGCUUGGGAGAUCGGUUUGAUUACUGAUGAUAUCAGAGGUUUAGUUCUUGAUUCAGAAGAAGCCCAGGAGGUCACCGCUAAUCCUGAUGGAAAGCGUGUUGACAGUGCGUCUAAGGGAAAGACAGUUCAUGAUAAGGAAGCAGACACUGAUGAAAUCCCUGCUGUGGACCGUCCAAGUACUGAAAAUGCACUGAAUAGGUCAGAAGAAGACACUCAUCUAUCAACAAACUCAAAACAAAUGACCAGUAGUUUGGACUCGUCGUUUAUCUUCAGUACAGUUAGUAACAAGGAGAGCGUCGCUGAGGAGAUUGAGGGAACGUGUCCAAGUACUGAAAAUAUAUUAGCAACUUCAGCACCGAUGUCCAGUGGAUUAGACUCAACGUUACCGGUAAAGACCGGUAGUGAUGAUCACUUAGUCACUGCUCAGGAGAAAGCCAGUGUCGAAAUCCCUGCUGUGGACUUCAGUGAAAGGUCUCCAAGUACUGAAACUGCAGGAAAUACAACAGGAGAAUUAACAAAUUCAAAUCGACUGACCAGUACUUUGGACUCAUCGUUCAUCCUAAAUACAGUUCGUUAUGAAGACGUCGCUGUUGAGAUGUUUGCUGAAAAUUCUCCAAGUACUGGAAAGGCAAUGAAGAGAUCAGAUGAAGUCACUAAUCGAUUAGCAGCUUCAGCAGAAUCACCCGAUACUUUGGACUCAUCGUUCACCUUAAAGAUAGUUGCUAAAGAUAAGGAGGAGAUUGGCGCUGAGGGGUUUGGUGAAAAAUGUCCAAGUACUGAGUAUGAAUUAAAAAGAACAGCUGAAAGCGAUGCUCUUUUAACAGGUUUAACCCAAUUCACUCGUAGCUUAGCACCUAGCUUGAAGAUAGUUACUGGUGAUGGGAUCACCAACGAGGAGUUUGAGGAAAAGUGUCCGAACGCUGAAAAUGAGGUGGAACGAAAAGAAAAAGCCUCAAACAUAUCAGCAACACAAUCAAAGCAAAUGACCGAUAGCUUGGACACGUCAUAUACCUUAAAGACACCAAGGGAACAAGACAUUGCCGAUGGGGAUUUUAGUGAUAAAGGUCUAAAUACUGAAACUGAAAUGAAAACGCUGGAAGAAGACAAUUAUCUGUCAGCAGACUCAACACAAAGUAAUAAUAGUUUGGAUGCAUCAUUAAAUUUUAAGCCAGCUAGUCAUGAGGAGGUCUUUCAUAAGGAGCUUGGAGAAAAAUAUCCAAGUACGGAAAACGCAAUAAGCAGACUAGACGAUGCUCAGCUAUCAACAAAUUCAAAUCAAAUGACAAGCGCUUUAGAUUCACCGCUCCUGUUAAAGACAGAUCGUGAGGUGGCGAUCACUCCUCUGGAGAAAGAGAGUUUUGAGAGCCCUGCUGUGGACUUCAGUGAAAAAUGUCCAAGUAUUGACAGUACAGUAAGUAGAACAGAAGAAGACACUCAUCUGUCAGCAAAUUCAAAACCAGUGAUCGGUAGUUUGGACUCACAGUUUACCUUAAAUGCCGUUAGUAACGAGACCACUACUGAAAAGUUUGGCGAAAAAUCUCCAAGUACUGAAAAUACAAUAAAAAUGCCAGACAAUAACACUAAUAUAUUAACAGCUUCAUCACGAUUGACCAGUACUUUAGACUCGUCAACAACUGUCUUUAAGGUGAACGACAAGAUCAGUGCUGGAGAGUUUGGUGAAAAAAAUCUAAGUACUGAAAAUAAAGUGGAAAGAUUAGAGGAAAGCACUCAUCCAUUAAUAAACACAACGCGAAUAUCCAGCAGUUUGGACUCAACAUUUUUGCAAACAACAGUUAGUGAUGAUGUAACUGCUGAAGGAUUUGGUACUGAACUUGAAAUGAAAAGAACAGACCGAAACAAUCCUCUCUUAACAAACUCAUCACAGAUGACCAAUGGUCUGAAAUCAACAUUAUUGUUACCGCCAGGUAUUGAUGAAAGUACCGGUGCAAAAUGUCCAAGUACUGAAAAUAGUUCGAAUUCAUUAUCCAGCUUAAAGAUCACAAAUGAGGAGUUUGCUGAAAAAUGUCAAAGUGCUGAAAAUAGAAUGAAAAGCGCAAAUGAAGUCCCUCAAGUAUCAACAGAUACAGCACGAAUAACCAGUAGUCUGGAGUCAUCUUUCACCUUAAAGACAGUUAGUGAUGAUGACAUCACUGUUCAGAAACUUGGCAAAGGUUGUCAAAGUACUGAAAAUGAGAUGAAAAAGUCAGAGGAAGCCACCAACACAACACAGGAUAUAUAUAGUUCAGACACAUUAUUCACCCUAAAGACUGCUGAGGUCCCUGCUGAAAAAUGUCCAAGUACUGAAAAUGCAGCGAAGAGAAUAGAGGAAGUCACGCCUCCAUUCAUUAGUAGUAGUUUGGACUCCUCAUUCACCUUAAAGACGCUUAGUAACGACAUCAUUGAGGACACAUUUGGUAAAAAAGGUCCCAGUACUGAAAAUUCAUUGAGGACAACUGAAGAGACUCCUCUAUCAACAAACUUAACACAAAUGACCAGUAGUUUGGACUCAUCAUUCACUCUGAUGACAGAUAAUUGCGAGAUCUGUGCUGAGGACCUAAGUAAAAAAUGUCCAAGUACUGAAAAAGCAGUGAACAGAACAGAUGAAGUCAGCAGUUUAUCAGUAAACACAACACAGGUGCUAUAUAAUUUGGACCCAUCAUUCACCCCAAAAACAGAUAGUACUGAAAUCCCUGUUGAAAACUUUCCAACUACUGAAAAGUCAGUGAACAGAACAGACGAAGUCACUCCUCAAUUAAUGACUUCAACACAAAUGAUCAGUACUUUGGACUCAUCUUUCACCUUAAAUGCAGAGGUUACUGAUGAUGAUCUGAUUGGUGAAAAACGCCCAAGUGAAAAUGCAGUCAGGACAUCGGACGAAGCAUCUUUAUCAACACACUUAACACAAAUAAAUAGUAGUUUGGAUUCCUCAUUCACCUUCCUGAGAGAGAGUGAUAGGAUGCCUGCUAAGGACCAGAGUAAAACAUGUCCGAGUACUGAAAAGUCAGUGAACAGAACAGAUGAAGCCAGUCCUCUGUUAACGACUUCGACACGAAUGAACAGUAGUUUGGACUCAUCAUUCAACUUAAAGACCGUUAGUGAUGAGACCACUGAUGGUGCGUUUGGCAAAAAAUGUCCAAGUACUGAAAAUGCAGUGAGGACAUCAGAUGAAGCUUCUCUAUCAACAAACUUAACACAAAUGACCAGUAGUUUGGACUCAUCAUCCACCGUUGUGACGAAUAGUGACGAGAUCCCUGCUGAGGAUUUUAGUCAAAGAUGUCCAAGUACUGAAAAUGCCGUGAGCAGGACAGAAGAAGCCACACCUCCUUUAAUGACUGAAACACAAAUAACCAGCAGUUUGGACUCCUUCACUUUAAAGCUGUUUAGUGAUGAGAUCACUGAUGAGGAGUUUACUGAAAAAUGUCAAAGUGCUGAAAAUAGAAUGAAAAGCACAAAUGAAAUCUCUCAAGUAUCAACAGAUACAACACAAAUAACCAGUAGUUUGGAGUCAUCUUUCACCUUAAAGACAUUUAGUGAUGAUGAGAUCACUGUUCAGAAACUUGGCAAAGGUUGUCAAAGUACUGAAAAUGAGAUGAAGAAGUCAGAGGAAGCCACCAACACAACACAGGAUAUAUAUAGUUCGGACUCAUUAUUCACCCGAAAGACUGCUGAAAAGGGUCCAAGUACUGAAAAUACAGUGAACAGAAUAGAGGAAGUCACGCCUCUAUUAAUGAGUAGUAGUUUGGAUUCAUCACCCACCUUAAAGACACUUAGUAACGACAUCACUGAUGACACAUUUGGUGAAAAAGGUCCCAGUACUGAAAAUUCAUUGAGGACAAAUGAAGGGACUCCUCUUUCAACAAACUUAACACAAACCAGUAGUUUGGACUUAUCAUCCACCGUUGUGACGGAUAGUGACGAGAUCCCUGCUGAGGAUUUUAGUCAAAGAUGUCCGAGUACUGAAAAUGGCGUGAGCAGGACAGAGGAAGCCACACCUCCUUUAAUGACUGAAACACAAAUAAGCAGCAGUUUGGACUCCUUCACUUUUAGUGAUGAGAUCACUGAUGAGGAGUUUACUGAAAAAUGUGCUGAAAAUGUAGUGAACAGGACAGACAAAGACACUUCUGUAAGCAGCUCAACACAAACGGUCAGUUCAUCAUUCAUCUUAAAGACAGUCAGUGAUGAGAUCACUGACAAACCGUUAGAUGACAAAUGUCCAAGUACUGAAACUGAAGUGAAAAGAACAAGGGAAACCAGUUGUCUGUCAGGAAAUACUGAAAAUAUAGUGAACAAGACAGAGGAAGCUACUCCUCUAUUAAACAACUCAACCCAAACGAUCAGUAGUUUGGACUCAAGUCCAGUUAGUGAGACAGUCACUAAUAAUAAGGAGCUGGGUGAAAAAUGUCCAUGUGCUGAAAAUUUAGUGAAAGAAACCGAGGUCACCACUUAUAUAUUAACAGACACAACACACGUGACUACUCUGAACUCCACAUCGCUCUUAAAGACCGAUAGUGAUAUUCCUUCAGCUGUUGGUUUUGAUCCAGGAAAACAGGAUGAGGUUGAGCGAAUUAUCCCUACGCAUGAUUUAGAGGAGCUUGACAAUUCUGAUUGUUUGGCUGCAGAGUUGGCGACUGUUCCAGAAAAAGAGAACGAUCAUGAUGAUGGAAUUUCUUUUAAUAUCGCCUUGGAUGCAUUAUGUCAAGCUCCUUUAGCCAGAGUCAGGGAUGUAGCAGUUAAUGAAGCAGCAGUAGACCUGAAGAGACAUUCUGUUCAGGGUGAUAUUUCUUCCGAUGGAAGGAAAUUGGAGAGCUUAGUGAACGUACGCAAACAGCACAGUGCUUUCAAUGAAUCACAGCAAACGGCAAGUAUAUUCCCCGGUGAGAGAGGUUCAGAAAGCUUAAAUGCAACAGAAGAUAUCAAAACACUGACAGAUAAUGAACCAUCUUUAUCCUCUUCGACGUUACUUCAGUUACCAGACACGAGAGCUGCGGGGAAAACAAGCGAGAGUCCUGAAAAAAGUGAAAACGUGCAAGAUCAGGAACAGAGCGUGUUGUGUCAGUCGACAGAUUGCUUUGUUCAAAUAAAUAUGAAUGACAAAGACGUGAAUCAGUGUACAGGUCGCAAGACUAGCCUGAUCGUCGAAGGACCUGAGCAUGUGUGCAAGUCAGGAACGGUUAAUGACCAUGCAACAUUCAAAGCAGCAGAGACCCAAUCCAGUCUUAUUGGUAUCGGUAUUGACAAUAGGACGAUCAAUGAUUUUGACAUGAUCAGUGUCAGCACCUCAGAGUCUACGGACAUAUCACAGCUUUGCUGUACUCCAGAAACAAGUCCCACCUCGAAGUUCUUGCCAGAUGUUCUUAGUGAUGAUUCAAAUAAUAAGCACCACUCGGCCGACCAAGGUGGAGUACCUGACGCAGCAGUUGACUCCAGAUACGAUGCAGGAUCCUUACAGUACAAAACCACCAUCACUCCAGCACACAUUUCAAAAUCUGUUACGCUGAAGUCCAGUAUUCCACCAAAUUCCUCAGACAAAGACUUGCUUAAUGUUCCUACACCCCAAGACUCGAGCGAUUACGGAGAUAAGCUGUGUGCGAAUUCUUCAGUGACAAGGAGUGAAUUUCUACCAGUUUAUUCGAAUGAACUGGAGAAAACUGCAGUGAAAGGAGCUGUAGAUGAGAUCGAGACCAAGGAAAGCCAAGCCCUUGACAGCGGUGAGGGCAUCUCACCCACUACUGCAACUCAGCGUGAUUCAAGUGUCACGGAGGCCCUUGUUGAGACCAAAGAUCCAGGUCUGCUCAAGGAUUUGAGUGCGCAUGAGGGGUGUGUAACUCAAGACACACGUCCAUCCAAUGUGACUGGUCAUGGUCAGGAACCAAGUAGUCCAGUGCUAAUGCAGUCACAGCAUCCAGAGAUGAUUCAAGAGAUGCCUGCUAACAAAGAACCAGAACUGCUGAAAGAAACGUUAGGUCUGCUGGGAACCACUGCUCAGGGAGAUGAAGGCUCAUGUAUGGAAGGUAUUGAAACUCAACCCAAAGCUGCUACCAGUAAUGGCUGUGACGAUGAAGUCUUUCAGUCAGAUUUGUCCAAUCUGCAGCACUCGAAGGCUUCAAAAACUGAGGAAGUGGAGGGGGUCAACGUCAGACCAAGCAAAUGUUCUACCCAGCGUUACUUGGAAUGUGUUGGUAAACUCCAGGAUCACUUUGAUGCCCUUGAAGACAUCAGGAAUGAUCUUUUGGCUCAAGGUCCAUUAUCAACUCACAUUGAAGGUUUACAAGACCAACUGGAAGCAGCUCAGUCUUUGGAGGCACAACUUGCUGUAUUUCCUGGCACUUUAAUCUCAGACUUGGAGCUAGCUGAGCAGCUUUUAAACUCUGCUGAUGAACUCAUCCCCACACAAGUCCAACAUGAUUUAGCUACAGUUUUUGUAGAUUUGCAAGCUGCUUUCACAGAUGUUUGCCAUUUAUCAUCGGAGAGACGUUAUGCAAUUCUCCAGGCCAUCGAUGCAGCCAAGGCAAAUUUGGAGCGUACAUAUCAAGAUCUUUUCAGCUCCCUUGAAAAGCUAUCAUCCUGUAUUCAAGACAGUUGCGAGACGGUUUGUAAGCUUGACGUCAUGAACGCAGAUGACUUGGAGACAGUUAAAUAUAGGAUUCAACAAAAUAAGGACCUGGAGAAGAACCUGUCUGGUACUCGACAGAAUCUAGAAGAUACAGCUUUUGAUAUCCAGAACUUCAUAUCCGAACAUGCACAGUUCCUAAACCCAACCCAGAACAGACAGAUGCUGAAAUCGCUCAAUGCCACGCAGAGAGCCUUUAAGGAGCUGAUGGACCGGGUGUUCACUCAGAGGCACGCACUGGACCUCCGUUUGGAGAUCCGUGAGGAUGAGAUCCAGCAGCAGAAUGCUGUUGAGAAGCAGAAGGAGUUUGUAACCAAGCUGCAGGAGUUAUGUGAUGACCUCACCCAGACCGAGAACCGUCUCAUCGGCCACCAGCAGCAAUCCAACAGCGCAAAGAGCGUCGGAGACCUCCAGCAGUACCAACAAGAGAACCAGGCUUUGCAGAAAGACAUCCAGGCGAACGUAAGUGCCUUGAACGAAGUCAUCAGUAGCACUACGAAGUUCCUGGAGGAGAACCGGAGCAAACUGACACCCGAGCAGGUGGCCGCUAUUGAGCUCAAGUUGGAAGAAGUGAAGAGCAAAGCCAAUAUGCUUAAUCAAAGAGCAGAGGAAACAAGGAAGGAACUGGAGAAAGUUGUGACGACUGUGAUCAAGCAGGAGACCGAAAAGGUUGCAGCUGUGGAGCAACUCGAAGAGACCAAAAACAAAAUCGAGGUUCUUUUAGAGUGGGUAUCCAACAUCGGGAAAGAAAAAGAGAUGGGAGGAAUGGCCAAAGAGAACGGAAACCUGCCAGUAGAAGGGAAAUUAACAGGAAGGGAAGACGACCCUAAUGGAAAUGCACUGGACACCACAGAUAACACCUCACAGUGGUCUGGAGAAGACACUAAAGAACUGGAUAUAGAUCAACAAUAUGAGAAGCUUAAGGCUCACCACCAAGAGAUCCUCUCCCAGCAGCAAGACCUAAUCAUUGCCACGCAGUCGGCCCAGGCUCUGCUGGACAAGCAGGUAGAUGUUCUCUCUCCAAGUGAAAAAGAGAAGCUCCAGAAGGACAUCCAGGAGCUGAGGGGCCGCUAUGAGACCUCACUCACCCAGGCUGAGCAACAGAUGAAGCAGAUGCAGAGUGUUCAGGAGGAGCUGCGCAAGUUCCAAGGUGACUAUGAAGAGUUUGGAGUGUGGCUGCAGCAGGCACACGAGCAGAUGGCAGAUCUGGGAGACCCCACUGGCCACUUAGAUGUUCUGCAGGAGAAGCUUCAGAAGCAGAAAAGCUUCUACGAGGAUGUGAUCUCCCACAAGGGUGACUUGCGUUUCAUCACCAUCUCAGGCCAGAAGGUGCUGGACGUGGCCAAGGCCUGCAGCCGUAGCGAGUGUAAGGAGAAACAGGGAUUGCUUGAGGUGGACACUUCCGGAACGUGCGCUGCUGUGAAGGAGAAGCUGGAUUCCACUGCUACUCAAUACAAAGUCCUGCACACCCAAUGCAACCAGCUUGGAACCAAUCUCAAAGAUGUCGUCGACAAGUACAAGAAGUAUGAAGAUGCUACUAGUGGCCUGUUGACAUGGCUGAAUAGUUCUGAGGCAGAGGCGAGAAAGCAGCAGUCUGAACCUAUAGCUGCAGACCCACAAACACUCCAGAGGCAACUAGAAGAGGCCAAGGCUCUUCAAGGGCAGACAACUGGCCAUCAGGUGGCUCUGGAGACGCUACGCAAAACAACAGAUGCUCUUAUCGCAGCAGAAGGAGACCUGCUAAACAACAAAGAUGAGAUUCAGGAAGCAGUCGAUGAUAUUGUGGAAAGGUACGACAACUUGUCCAAGUCAGUGAGUGACCGAAAUGAGAAGCUGCAGGUGACGUUAACACGCUCGCUCAGCGUGCAGGAUGGUCUGGACGAGAUGAUGAACUGGAUGAAGAAGGUGGAGGAAAAUGUUGGGGAAGAUUCGCAAGUGCCCCUCGACUCAGCUGCUAUUGCGGAUGCGCUCAGCAGGGAGGCAGCUCUGGAGCAGGACAUGUCCAGCAGGCAGAGCAGUAUCUCCACGAUGAAGGACAAAGUGAAGAAGUUUGUAGAGACUGCGGAGCCAGCAGCAGCAGCAGCUCUCCAGGCAAAGAUGGAAGGACUGAAACAGCGCUUCGACAACGCUUGCGAGAAGCACAAGCAGAAGAUUUCACGGACGGAGCAGCUGAAGGACAAGGUGGAACAGUUUGAAAAGACAUCUGAGAAGGUCCAGGAGUUCGUGCUGAAACAUUCACGUGCUCUCUGUGAGACCGACGGCCCUGGGAAAAAUGUAAACGAGCUCUCGCAGCUGGUGCAGGAUAUAAACGCAGAGUUGGUGGAACAUACAAAAGACAUGGAAACGCUACACUUGUUGGCGAAGGAGCUGUCUAACUGUGGCCCAGAGGGAAGCACAGCUCUAAUUCAGGGCAAGAUGGCAAACCUGUCGAACACAUUUAAUACAUUUAAGGACACCGUUAAAGAGAAAGAGGAGGAUGUGUUGUCUUGCCAGGACCAGCUGGGCGAGUUCAAAGCAGCUGCAGGGGUGAUGAUGAAGUGGCUGGAGGAGACAAAAGAGCAAGUGCCAAUGGUUCAGCCCAACUGCAGCGAACAGGGCCUGGGAAAUGACGUGAAGAAAGUCAACGGCUUGCUAGAAGAAUGGACUGCUAAAGCUCCUGCUCUACAAGAUAUAAAUAGUAAAGGGUCUGCACUGUGUACCCUAAUCAGUGUUUUGACAUCACCAGCCAAAACCAGAAUGCAUCAUAAAUCAGGUUCAGCAGUCAGUAAUGGCUCAGGCCCAGGAGGACCGUAUCUGACAAACAAAGAGCUGACGCUGGUGCAGCAGAACAUGUCCUGCAUCAAUGAGGAUUAUAGCAGCCUUGGGGAGCUGCUGAAGACCACAUCCUCAGAACUAAGUGCUCUGUUGUUAAAGGUCCAAGGGGUCCACCAUGAGGCUCAGUCAACGCUGCAGUGGCUGGAGAACAUGAAGAAGACAGCAGUGGCUUGGAACUCUGAACCAGCAGGAAAAGACUCCAUGAAAAUGCAAAUGGAACGGCAGAAAGCUUAUGAGGAAAAUAUGCGCCAAAAACAGCAGCAGUACCAAGAACUGAGGGAGAAGCUCCUCCACCUGAUAGAGGAAAGCCCUGAUUCACCUGAGGCAGAAAAAUGGAAGAACAUGCUGAAACAGAUGGAUGCAGGAUGGGAGGAGGUCAAGGACAGCGUGGAGAACAGGAAGCAGCACCUGGAAGAGUCAUCCCGCAUGUUGGAGCUCUUCCAGACAAACCAACCACAGCUUUCACAGUGGCUUCAGGAGAAAGAUCUGAUGAUGAGUGUUCUAGGCCCUCUGUCUAUGGACCCCAAUAUGCUCAACACGCAAAAGCAGCAAGUCCAGAUUCUUAUGAAAGAGUUUGAAGGCCGCAAACCUCAGUACGAGCAGCUGAAUGAAGCCGCAGUGGUUAUCAGUUCUGCAUCAGGAAAUCAGGACCCUGCUGUGGAGAAGGUAAAGAAACAGUCAGAUGUUAUCACUCAGAAGUGGCAGGAACUGACAAGCCAGUUGUCUGACCGCGAUUCCCUCAUCGAGCAAGCUGUGGGUAAGACCACUCAGUUCCAGGAGCUUCUACGGCAACUAGGUGAGAGCGCAGCAGACCUCGAGUUUCAGCUGAAUGGCCAGCAGACACUCAGUACACAGCCUGAUGCUGUCAAGAAACAGCUCGAAGUCACUAACGCUGUCCUGGCUAAGCUAUGUGAAGAGAAGAAAAGGCUAAAGGAGGCAGAAUGUCUCUGCUCUGAACUUUCGGCUCUGGUCACUGAGGAGUAUCUCAGAGCCAACCUCACGGCACAGCUGGAAAGCGUCACGAAACCCUUCAAGAUGCUGGAAGACAAAGCAGGAAAGCGGAUUCAACAUCUCACCUCCACCUUCGCCAGCUCCCAAGAAUUUCAUCGGACAUCUAAAGACUUCCAGAGCUGGCUAGAGCAAAGGCUUAAGGAACAGGCUGGGCCCCAGUCAGUCUCAACCAAGGAGGACACUCUGUUACAAAGUCUAAGGGAGCACAGCGCGAGCCAGAGCGCACUGACUCAACAAGAGGAACCAUACAAGAACAUUAUGCAGGAAGCAGAGGCUCUCUUACAGAACACGGAAGGAGAGGAAAAGUUGGCCCUCCAAGGACAGCUGUCAGCCCUCAAGUCCAACUGGGAGAAAGUAAAGCGGGGUGCCAUGGAGAGAGCAGAGAAGCUUAAUAUUGCUCUGGAGAGGGCCAGAAAAUACAAAGAACAUACAGAGAGCUUGAGCACUUGGCUGUUGGAGUGUGAAGACAAGAAAAACAAGGUACAUUUCAGCAUGAAUCCUGUAGAAGUUGAGAACUCCCUCUCACAGGUAAAGGCAAUACAGAGGGAUGUGGACAAACAUCGUGGUCAGAUGGAGCUGCUGAAUGUAGCUGUUGACAACCUUCUGGAGGUGGCCACAGCAGAUGUAGAUGAUGUGAAAGAAGAGAAGAUUAUUAUUGGGAAAAAUGUGGACAAGUUGACAGACGGGUUGCAGCUCAAGAAAGAAACUCUUGAGAAGCUUUCACAGAAGUUGAAAGAGUUCAAUGACACACAUAAAAACCUCUCAGACCAAAUUGAGGGUGCCAAAAAGCAACUAGAAUAUCAAUCUGGUCUUGGUGUCCAAGGUUAUAGUAACAAGAACCUAACUAACAUGAAGGCUCAGCAGAAAAAUUUAGAGGGUGUCCAGAACCAGAUAGAGAACCUCAAAAGCCUAGGUCAGAAUUUGGUCCUGGAUGUACCAGAAGUUGAAGGGGUGGUAGAUCUGCUCCUACAGGCAGACACUUUGGAGAAAGAUCACAGCUCCAUCAGUAAAGCGAUUGAAGAAACGUGCUCCACGUUGGAGAACAAACUGCAGGGCAUCGGGCAGUUCCAGGACAGUAUUCGGGAGAUGUUCACCACCUUUGCAGACCUGGAUGAUGAAUUGGAUAGUAUGGGCCCAGUAGCCAGAGACCUGAAAACUUUACAAGAUCAACAAGGAACCAUCCAAAACUUUGUGACAAAACUCCAGGAUCUGAUGGCCAACACAGGCAGUGCCAGAGAUAACUGCAAGAAGAUGCUGGAGUCAGAGGCCUCACCAGAUCUACUGAGCCUGAAGAGAGACUUGGAAGCCCUCAGCAAGCAGAGCGGCAAACUGAUGGAUCGGGCCAUUGGAAGGAAAGAGCAGGUUGAGGAAACACUGAAACAUCUGGAGGAGUUUUAUCACAAGCUGGACACUUUCACAAAGAAAAUGGCUGGUGCAGAAGAGCAGGAGGAAUCCCAAGGACCAGUAGGCAUGGAGACAGAGGUCAUUAACCAACAGCUGGAAGCUUUCAAGGUUUUCCAGAAAGAGACGAUUGAGUCACUGCAAACACAGUUACAAGAGGUGAACUGGCUAGGCCAGGGGCUUAUUCAGAAUGCUUCGAAAGGGACCAGCGCCAAAGCCCUUGAACAUGACCUGGAGGACGUCAAUACGAGAUGGAACACUCUGAACAAAAAGGUAGCAGAACGUUCGGCGCAGCUUCAUGAAGCUUUGCUGCACUGUGGAAGGUUUCAGGAUGCUCUCGAGUCCCUGUUCAGCUGGCUUAAAGACACAGAAGAACUGGUGGACAGUCAGAAGCCUCCAUCAGCAGAGUUUAAAGUUGUCAAAGCACAAAUCCAAGAACAAAGGCUCUUACAGAAGCUGCUAGAUGAUCGCAGACCCACAGUGGAGCUUAUUAAGAAGGAAGGGGGGAAGGUGUUAGAGAUGGCUGACUCUGUGGAUAAAGAGAAGAUCGGAAAGGAGAUCGAUAGCCUGGGGAAGAGAUGGGACGCUCUGCUGAAGAAAGCCGAGAGCAGACGCAAGCAGUUAGAGAGCAUUUUGGGGGUGGCCCAACAGUUCUACGAGACCCUGGAACCACUAACGGAAUGGCUCUCUGCUACAGAGAAAUGCCUGGCCAGUUCUGAGCCCAUUGGCACACAGACUGCCAAGCUUGAAGAGCAGAUCUCCCAACACAAGGCUUUAGAGGAGGAGAUUAUAGGGCGCAGUAAGAGCUUGUACCAGGCAAUGAGUCUUGGCCAGGCUCUGCGGUCACUCAGCUGUGUGGACGAUAAAGAACUCGUCCAGGCUAAGCUGGACGGCACUCAGAGCGGCUACAUCGAGUUGCAGGAACGCUGCCACACCAAGGCCGAGCUGCUGCAGCGGGCCCUGGCUAACGCACGGCUGUUCGGAGAGGACGAAGUAGCACUCAUGAACUGGCUGGACGAAAUACACGGCAGACUGAGCCACAUCUGUGUCCAGGACUAUACACCGGCCGUACUGGCAAAACAGCAUUCUGAUCAGCUGGCGCUUCAUGAGGAUAUUGAGUUAAGGAGACAGCACGUUGAUCAGGCUCUACAGAAUGGACUUGAGCUGCUCAAACAGACCACAGGCGAUGAAGUUGUCAUCAUUCAGGGCAAACUGGACGGAAUAAAGUCGAGAUAUGCUGACAUAAGCACAAUGAGCAAUGAUGUAAUGAAGACCCUAGACAAGGCCCUGUCUCUGGCCAACAAGGUACAACACACGCAUGAGGAGCUGCGCUUCUGGUUGGAGAAAGUGGAGUCUGAAUUGGCCACGUUUGGCGCUCAGGAACCAGUGGGAGAGCAACUCUGUCAGGUGCAAGAGAGGCAGAAAGCAUUAAUGAAAGAGGUUCAAGAGCACAAGACAGUCGUCGAUACGCUGAACGAAGUAAGCAGCGCUCUCUUAGAGCUGGUGCCGUGGCGUGCCCGAGAAGGGCUUGACAAAUUGAUCACAGAGGACAACGAGCGCUACAGGUCAGCAAGUGACGCAAUCUCUCAGCAUGUGGACCAGACAGGAGCGGCCAUCUUAAAAUCACAGCAGUUUGAGCAGGCUGCAGAUACUGAAUUAGCCUGGCUGACUGAAGCAGAGAAGAAGUUAUCAUCUCUAGGGGACAUCAAGCUGGAAGCAGAACAGACCACAGCUCAGCUGCAGGCUCAGAAGGGCUUCUCCAUGGACAUUAUGAGGCAUAAAGAUGCCGUGGACGAUAUUACCAAGACAGGCGAGGUGAUAAUGAACAGCAAAGACGAGACUGAGAAACAGGCUCUCAAGGCUAAGAUCGAGGCCCUCGUGGAGAAGUACAACACGGUGAGUCAGUUGAACUCCGAGCGCUGUCUGCAGCUGGAGAGAGCGCACUCCCUGGCCUGCCAGUUCUGGGAGACCUAUGAGGAGCUGUGGCCAUGGCUGCAGGAGACCCAGGCCAACUUCGCCCAGAUCCCUUCACCUGCCAUCGAGUACGACACGCUCAGACAGCAACAAGAGGAACUACGGCAACUGAGGGAGCUGAUUGCAGAGCACAAGCCGCACAUAGACAAGAUGAACAAAACGGGCCCUCAGCUGGUGGAGAUCAGUCCACUGGAGGGUGAGCCCAUCAGGGAGAAGUUCCAAGUCACAGACAAGUUGUAUUCACAGCUUAAAGCAGAUGUUAAGCAGAGAGCUGCUGCCCUGGAUGAGGCCAUCUCUCAAUCUACUCAGUUCCAUGAUAAGAUCGACCCCAUGCUGGAAUCUCUGAAUCGUAUAGCGGAGCGUUUGCGCCAGCCCCCCUCCAUCUCAGUGGAAGUGGAAAAGAUUCGUGAGCAGAUUUCUGAGAACAAAGCCGUGAAUGUGGACUUGGAGAAACUGCAGCCAUCUUAUGAAACUCUGAAGCAGCGAGGAGAGAACAUGAUCACUCGCUCAGAGGGUGCAGACAAAGACCUGUCAGCCAAAGCCGUACAAGACAAACUGGAUCAGAUGGUGUUCGUGUGGAAUGAUAUCCAUGCUCUGCUGGAGGAGAGAGAGGCUAAACUUCUGGAUGUCAUGGACCUGGCUGAGAAGUUCUGGUGUGACCACUGUGCUCUCAUCAUCACUAUUAAAGACACACAGGACUUGCUGAAAGACCUGGAGGAACCUGGAGUUGACCCCUCUGUUGUUAAACAGCAACAGGAGUCUGUGGAGGGGUACCGAGAGGAGAUUGACGGUCUUCAAGAGGAACUGAAUGUGGUCCAGAAUCUAGGGGCGGAGCUGAUGACAGCCUGUGGAGAACCAGACAAGCCUGUAAUCAAGAAAAGCAUUGAUGAGGUGAACGUGGCAUGGGAGACUCUGAAUAAGACAUGGAAGGAGCGAGUGGACAGACUGGAGGAGGCCAUGCAGGCUGCUGUACAGUUCCAGGAUGGUCUUCAGGGUAUGUUUGACUGGGUGGAUAUUUUGGAGAGUAAACUGGAUUCCAUGCCACCUGUGGGCACAGACCUGGAAACUGUGAAACAGCAGAUCGAGGAGCUCAAGGAGUUUAAAGGUGAGGCAUACCAGCUUCAGAUUGAGAUGGAGAGGCUGAAUCACCAGGCAGGACUUCUACUGAAAAAAGUGCUUGAGGAAGCAGACCGCAUCGCCAUUCAGGAGCCUAUGAACGAACUCAAAAUGCUUUGGGACAACCUGGACGACAAGGUCAUCAGCAGACAGCACAAGCUAGAGGGAGCCUUGCUGGCUUUAGGGCAGUUCCAGCAUGCUCUGGAUGAGCUUUUGGCCUGGCUGACUCAUACCGAAGAGCUGCUUAGCGGACAGAAGAAAACCAGUGGCGACCCCAAAGCUAUCGAGAUAGAGCUAGCCAAACACCAUGUGCUGCAUAAUGAUGUACUGGCCCAUAAGACCACAGUGGAGGCAGUUAACAAAGCUGGCAGAGAUUUGAUGGAGUCCAGUGCAGGAGAGGAGGCAUGUGGCCUGCAGAGCAAGCUGGAAAACCUUAACCAACGUUGGACAAGCAUCCUGGAGAAGACUGAGCAAAGGAGGCAGCUUUUGGACAGCGCUUUACUCCAGGCCCAAGGUUUCCAUGGGGAAAUUGAAGAUAUGCAACAAUGGCUGAAAGACACAGAAUGUCAGCUGUUAGCAUCUAAAGCAGUUGGAGGCCUGCCAGACACGGCCCGCGAGCAGCUUAACACCCAUCUGGAGCUAUGUAGUGCAAUGGAGGUGAAGGAAGAACUCUACCAGAAGCUUCUUCAGAGAGGUCAGCAGCUGAUAGCCAUGACCCCGGAGAACCAGGACAGCAGUAUUGAACAGGACCUCCACAACCUUCAAGAAAAGUGGGAAUGUGUGCAGGACAAAGUGGCUGAGAGGAAGGUGAAACUGGAAGAGGCAUUAGCCAUGGCCACAGAGUUUCAUAAUUCUCUGCAGGACUUCAUUAACUGGCUGACUCAAGCAGAGCAGACCCUCAACAUGGUCUCUCCAGCCUCCCUUAUCCUGGAAACAAUCUUGUUCCAGAUUGACGAACAUAAAAUCUUUGCGACUGAGGUCAACUCACACCGGGAUCAGAUCAUCGAGCUGGAUAAGACAGGCACCCACCUGAAAUACUUCAGCCAGAAGCAGGAUGUGGUCCUGAUUAAAAACCUGCUCCUUAGCGUACAAAGCCGCUGGGACAAAGUAGUGCAGCGUUCGGUGGAGCGAGGACGCCUGCUGGAUGAUGCGAGGAAACGUGCAAAGCAGUUCCAUGAGAGCUGGACCAAGCUGAUGGAGUGGCUGGAGGAGUCAGAGAGCUCUCUGGACUCAGAGCUGGAGAUCGCUAAUGACCCUGACAAGAUCAAAAUGCAGCUGACUCAGCACAAGGAGUUCCAGAAGGCCCUGGGUGCCAAGCAUUCUGUAUACGACACCACCAGCCGCACAGGCCGAGCCUUGAAGGACAAGACCUCGCUCCAGGAUGACAACCAGAAACUGGACGACAUGCUCUGCGAGCUCAGAGACAAAUGGGACACGGUUUGUGGCAAGUCUGUAGAAAGGCAGAACAAGCUGGAGGAGGCUCUGCUGUUCUCGGGCCAGUUCACUGAUGCUCUGCAGGCUCUGAUUGACUGGCUUUAUAAAGUAGAGCCGCAGCUGGCAGAGGACCAGCCUGUGCAUGGAGACAUAGAUUUGGUGCUCAACCUCAUCGACAGCCACAAGGUGUUUCAAAAGGAGCUCGGAAAGAGGACAGGCUCUGUACAGGCUCUGAAACGUUCAGCCCGUGAGCUGAUUGACAACAGCCAUGACGACUCCUCCUGGGUCAAAGUUCAGAUGCAGGAGCUGAGCUUGCGCUGGGAGACGGUGUGCGCCCUCUCUGUGUUCAAACAGACACGGCUGGAGCAAGCUCUGUGUCAGGCAGAGGAGUUUCACUCAACUGUUCAUAUCCUGCUAGAGUGGCUGGCUGAAGCAGAACAGAGCCUCCGUUUCCACGGGUCUCUGCCUGAGGAUGAGGAAGCCCUGCGUGGCCUGAUUGAACAACACAAAGAAUUCAUGAAGAAGCUGGAAGAAAAGAGUGUGGCUCUGAGCAAAGCCAUCAGCAUGGGUGAAGCCAUCUUAGCUAUCUGCCAUCCAGACUCUAUCACCACUGUGAAACACUGGAACACCAUCAUUAAAGCCCGCUUCGAGGAGGUCACAGCAUGGGCACGGCAGCAUCAGCAGAGGUUAUCUAGUGCACUGAACGAGCUUAUGGCCACUCAAGAGCUCCUGGAGAAUCUGCUGAACUGGUUACAGUGGGCAGAAACCACACUCACUGAGAAAGACAAGGAGGCCCUGCCUCAGGAGAUUGAGGAGAUCAAAGCUCUCAUCACUGAGCAUCAGACCUUCAUGGAAGAGAUGACCAGAAAGCAACCAGAUGUGGACAAAGUCACUAAAACUCAUAAAAGGAAAGCCACAGCUGAUCCACCGGUUCAGUCUCAGAUUCCAGUGCUGGAAAAAGGAAGAACAGGCCGAAAGAGAUCCCAGGCCCAGUCCAUGUAUCCAGCGACAGUCCAGGCUCCAAUAGAGACUAAGAACCCCAGAGUGAACCUGUUGGUCAGUAAAUGGCAGCAGGUUUGGCUUUUGGCCCUGGAUAGGAGAAGAAAACUGAACGAUGCACUGGACCGACUAGAGGAGCUGAAAGAGUUCGCCAACUUUGACUUCGACGUCUGGAGGAAGCGCUACAUGCGAUGGAUGAACCACAAGAAAUCACGAGUCAUGGAUUUCUUUCGUCGCAUGGAUAAGGAUCAGGAUGGUAAAGUCACAAGGCAGGAGUUUAUCGACGGAAUUCUUUCUUCAAAGUUUCCCACCAGUCGACUGGAGAUGAGUGCUGUAGCAGACAUCUUUGAUCGUGAUGGUGACGGCUACAUUGACUACUACGAGUUUGUUGCUGCUCUUCACCCAAACAAAGAUGCCUACAAACCACUGACUGAUGCUGAUAAGAUAGAAGACGAGGUAACGCGUCAAGUGGCAAAGUGCAAAUGUCCUAAACGGUUCCAAGUGGAGCAAAUUGGUGCGAACAAAUACCGGUUCUACCUUGGAAACCAGUUUGGAGACUCGCAGCAGCUCAGGCUGGUGCGGAUCCUGCGCAGCACUGUUAUGGUGCGGGUGGGAGGAGGCUGGAUGGCGCUCGACGAAUUCCUAGUUAAGAACGACCCAUGUAGAGCUAAAGGUAGGACCAAUGUGGAGCUGCGAGAGAAGUUCAUACUUCCGGAAGGGACCACUCAAGUGAUGGCCAGCUUCCGCUACAGAGGUCGAAGGUCACGGCCGUCCUCAAGGGGUGCCUCCCCGAACAGGUCGAACUCCAGCCACAGUUGUCCUGCACAGCCCAUCCCUACUGCGACUAGUACACCGAAGACUCUCCAACAUUUAACCCGCAAUUAUGAUAAACCCUGGCUGACAAACAGCAAAUCAGCUACUCCCUUAAAGUCAUCCGACUCUUUUGAGAGCCAGGGGUCAUCCAACGAGAGUACACCCAUCCAAGGCAGCAAGCUCCGGUUGCCUGGCUAUUUGUCAGGAAAAGGUUUCCAGUCUGGAGAGGAGGGAACCCUGAUAAACACUGCUAUUCUGAAAGCUAGAAGUCAGGCCGCUGGAUACAGUAAGAUUCCCAGCAGGCCUGGCAGUAAGGCAGGGAGCCGUGGAAGCAGCCGGCGAGGGAGCGACGCCUCUGACUUUGACAUCUCCGAUAUCCAGUCCGUCUGCUCUGACAUGUCGGAGACAGUGGUGGACUCUGCAAGGCCACGCUCAUCUCCACGCCAGCCUGGAGUCAAACCCUCCAAAAUCCCUACACCGCAGAGGAGGAGCACAGCCAGCAGCAAACUGGCCAAAACCACGACCAAGAGAUAGUCAGUAGCUGGCUUCUAUCUUUACAGCACUGCGCUGGAACACACUGGACAAAAACUGGACUCCCGAAGACACUAAAAAAAAAAAACUGCAAAAUGCCCUUAUUUAAAACGAACAAGUAGCAAGUUGUAAAUUAUAAAAGGAAAAAAAAAAAGUGUAGCAAUUUGUAAAUUAUUCCAAGGAGAAACGAGGUGAAGUAAGUGGGAUUGAUGCUUUGUGAGUGGAACAUGACCGUUUUGUGUAUUUGUUGUGUAUUUUUCAUUUCUGUGAAUAAUGUCGCAUCAGAUUUUAUUUUAUCUUAUUUUAUUUUAUCGCUGCUACAACCAGAGAGGUUAGCAAGCACUGACAGGAGAAAAGGACUGUACAUUGUGAAGCUAAAUAACAAUUUUCCACGUUCUUGGAUCGAGCUCAUGUUGAAAGUGGAAUGUGCUGUAAAUCUCCACAAGCUUGCCGAAUAAUAAUAUUACGCCACUGCGUUUCACCACAGCACCCUGACUAUUUAUUCAUCUAUUUAAAGUGCAAUGAUGUGUUGCUGAGAAUGCAUUUUAAAGGGCAAUACAAUACUAACUAAUUGUAAUCACUGCAAGUGCUCCUCCGAAAACACUCCAUGGCCUUCAAAACAAACAAGCAAACAACAACAACAACCCAGUCCAUCAUAUCCACCUGCUGCAUAAUGUUUUAAGUUCCUAAUCCUAUCAUUGUGUGCCAUUUAACCUUGACCGGAACCUUCUACGGUUCUAAAUAGCAGAUAUUCAUAAGUGCAUUCAUGUCUGUGUACUGUAUGACUCAGUGUCAGUGGAUUACUCACAACAUUUUUGUAAUAAACCUGCUUGCAGAAAGCUAUGGCAGUAUCAAAA